GAGGUCAUGAAUGUUAGCUCGGCAUGCAUUCCUCCACAUAUUGCUGACAGAGAACUGAAUGGCUGCUAAUUGCCUCAAUGAUUGAAGAUAGGAGAUUUUAAUAAUAUAAUUCACCAUGACGUUGGACCGCGACACACGGCCUGAUUACACGGACGAGACGAUGACAUCACAGGCUGCAUCAUAUGCGCUCCAUGUCCUACAUCGGGAUGAGCCCAUCAACAGUCGUAACAGCCCCAGUACGCUCAAUGUUCUCACCAACAGCUCCGACUUUGAGUUUACUAAUAGUAUGCUUCAGUUAGAACAUGAUAUAGAUCAACUGAGCCUCACAGAAAAAUCAUCUUCGUCUUCCUCAACACCUUCCCCCACCGAGGCACACUCUGCCCCUGUCACACCAUCCCAUCAUGCAGCUAAACGUCAGGAGGAUGAACUAGAAGUGGGUUAUCGUGACGCCGCCCAGAGAGGAUUUUUUGAAGGUUUACUAGGGUGUCUACGUCCAGUGUGGUCCAUGAUUGGAAAAGCUGCACAGAAUGAACUUAAACAACAAGAUGAUUGGGAAAUCCCGUUUGAGAACAUCACAGAUCUUCAGUGGCUCGGAAGUGGUGCUCAGGGUGCUGUUUUCCUGGGUAAACUAAAUGGCGAGGAGGUGGCAGUGAAGAAAGUUCGUGAUGUUAAAGAAACUGAUAUAAAAAACCUCCGCAAACUUAACCAUCCGAACAUCAUCACUUUUAAAGGUAUAUGUACACAAGCGCCAUGUUAUUGUAUUAUCAUGGAGUACUGCCCAUACGGCCAACUUUACGAGAUUCUCAGGGACGGCAAGGAGAUACCGCCUCAGUUGGUCCUUGACUGGACCAAACAGAUAGCCAGUGGUAUGAACUAUCUCCACAACCACAAAAUCAUACACAGAGACCUCAAAUCACCCAAUGUUUUGGUGGCAAAAAAUGAUGUUGUAAAGAUCUCGGAUUUUGGGACAAGUCGAACGUGGAAUGAGAAGAGCACCAAAAUGUCAUUUGCAGGAACUGUAGCAUGGAUGGCCCCUGAGGUGAUCCGAAAUGAACCUUGCUCUGAGAAAGUCGAUAUCUGGUCAUUUGGUGUUGUACUAUGGGAACUCCUGUCUGCCGAGAUUCCAUACAAAGAUGUUGACUCAUCUGCCAUCAUUUGGGGUGUGGGCAGUAACAGUCUCCACCUUCCUGUCCCAACCACUUGCCCAGAGGGUUUUAAACUGCUGAUGAGACAGUGCUGGAGUGCUAAAACAAGGAAUCGGCCAUCGUUUCGACAGGUCCUGAUGCAUUUAGAGAUUGCAUCACCUGAACUCUUGAGCUAUUCCCAUGAUGACUUCAAGAUGUCCCAGGCAUCCUGGAAGGAAGAGAUUGCACAACAGCUCCAGUUGAUCCGCUGUGAGGGUUCACACAUGCCCCAUCUGGAAGAGGAACUGGUCAAAAGAAGACGAGAGGAGUUACGACAUGCCCAGGAUGUUCGGGAACAUUAUGAGAGGAAGUUAGAGAGAGCAAACAAUCUGUACAUGGAGCUAACAGCCUGUAUGCUUCAGCUUGAAAAACGGGAAAGAGAACUCAUCAAACGAGAGCAGCAGUUGGCUAUGUAUACAAAGAAGAGGAAAAGUAUUGUUCGCCCUGUGAUCCGUGCCCAGGAGCGGAUAGAGAGACUCAGCAAAAAGCGCAUGUACAAAUCUGGUUCUGAGGUUACAAGCCCAGAUAACCCGAACAUGGACAGUAGCAUGACUACAAGUUCAGAGGUUGUUCUUCCAUCACCAACUAAACAGAGGAUGCGAAAAAGCCGUCAUCGUCGUACCAAUAGUAAGGGAUCUCUCAGUAACAUAAUGGGAAGUCCAGCAAAGAGCCCUGUCAGGGAUGUACUAAAUGACGAACUCCAAGGGAAGUCAGUGGCCCUACGACGCCUUGAGCAUGCUCCACUGGCCUCUUCGCGGUUUCCUUAUCAAGGACCAGGUAUGGCAAUACCGGAGCAAGCAGUCUUACGCAGUCAUGUCAAUAAGCCAACAGAAAUUGCCAGGAAUGAAAAGAACUUGAACGAUGUUUGUUUUGGAUGUGAUGGAGAAUGUACAGACAAUUCAUGCCCUAGCAGUAAACGCUCUAGUCGAGCGAGCGCCGACGUAGAAAGUAAUUUGGGGGACUCAAUUGGGGGCUCCCCUUGUCGGAGCCCCUCCCAAGCCCUCUACGAUUUAGUGGAAAACCAAAACAAUGAAAUCAAAACAACUACCAGAGAAAAAGACUCUAAUGAAAAUCUUAAUUGUCCUAUAGACUCUACUAAUUUAACCACGAACACUUCAAUUGAGUGCACAUGUACCUGUACUACAAGUACAGCUAUACCUGUGAUAGAUGCGAAUUCCAUUAUUAAUCAGACUGUGACUCGCACAACUAGUGAACCACAACUCUCGCCAAAGCAGCCACAUAUUGCACAACGGAUGAGCAGUUUAGACUCCAAUGAUUCUAUAAACAUUCCCCAACAUCGGCACCACCCGCACCGACCCAGAAAGAAUUCUGAUGACUCCUGGUCAUCAGAGGAAGGGGAAGUAAGUGAGGACGACAAAAGGAGAUCACGUAAUCGGCGGUCUUACUGUUCUACGAUAAGUUCAGAGGGGAUUCUGUCUGAGGAGGAAAAUACAAGUGAACAGUCUGCUCAGGAUACUCCUGAUGGACUCCUGUCCACAAACAGCUCUGAGAAUCUCCAGAUGGAGCUGGCAAACUGUGCUGUGAUAUCUGACGGACUCUCUGACAAGGAACUUACCGUCAGGAAAAUACGCAAUCAAGUGUCUGCCUCUCCAGAUCGCGUGUUCGAGCAUCCUGAUACUAGUUCUGAUUCUGAUGAGUGCUCCGACAUCACUGUCUCUACUACAGUACACAGAACGCGAUCUCUCGAGACCAGUGGAUGGUGA